AUUUAUAAUAUAAUAUAAUAUAAUAAUAUUCCGGGAAGGGUGCCUACCUAUCAUUUUGGAAUAGCUGAGUGGGAAUUUGUUUUAGAAAAAUUUCACGCGGGUAUCAUGCCACAGCCAUUUUCAAAGGCACUGUAUGUAUGCAAUGUAAUGUAAUGUAAUGUAUGUUCCUGUGAAAAAAAUUGAAACUGUGUAAGAGAUACCAAACAAAUAAACAUACAACACAGUAGUUUGAAUUUUUAAAAGUCAAUCUGCAAUAUUCUAUAUUUAUAACGGCUGAAAUAAAACAUCUAAAAAUAUAAGCAGGUGCAACAAAAGAAAAAAUAAUGAAGUAAAAAUGCAAAAUGUCCAACAAAAUCAAAGGUGUCUAACAACUGUUACGUAAAAGCCUAAAUCUACUAAAACUAUGUACUUGCUUUGCCCAUGCCAGAAGUACACCAGGAAAAAAAUUAUACCAGACAUUAAAAAGCUGCAACAUCGUUAAGUCAUACAAAAAAUCAUUACAAAAUUUUGAUUGUCUACAGUUUGUGAUACAUUAUACCAAAAUCAGUUAUUCAGUCUAUUGCAUACAACAACCCUUUUUACACACAAUAUAAGAAGUCAACAGUUAACGAAACAUAGAAUAAACACAUAAAUAAACAUGUAAUAGACACACAUAAAACCGUGAAUCAUUUUAGUAUAUUGCAUGCCGCCCUAUACCGCAAUAUUUCAAUCGAAAAUAUUAAAAAGAACGGUUUACCCAAAUCGACAAAAUCAAGUAUUUUGUCAUAGAACAUAAAAUCUUACAGAAAAUGUCAAAAAUGGAAAAAUCUCCCAUAAAAGUUUAUUGAAAUAACAAAAGCACCUUGCUGGGUUAAAAUCCAACAGCCAUGCGGCUUAAAGAUAUCCGCUAUUAGCAAUCAUUGAAUAUUCUAAAAUUUUAAAAUUCAAUUCUUGAUUAUUAUAUAACUUAAAUUACAUAAACUUCAUUUCUCUAUAAGAAUAAUUUUAAAAGAACAAUUAUAACCUGAAAAUUGAUAAACAUAACAAAAUAGGAACAACGGCAAGGCUGAAAAAUUAUCGAAUUUCUCUUUUUUUUCUGAAAAACAACUUGGAAAAUAUCUUUUAACGUAGAAUUUUUCACAGAAUCAAUAACAUAUAAAAAUGACUUUUCUGUUUCGAUUUUUACUGGAUGUUUUUUAUUACGUUGAUAAACAAACUCAUGGUUGUAUAUGGUUGCUCAUAUGUAGCAAUAUUCUACACGCAUAUAUUAUAUGCAUGCUAGCUUUUUUUUAUAUACAUGCUAACCUAUAUAUAUGCAUCCUAGUUUGUAUUAUACAUAUGCUAGAAAUCUUAUAUUCCUUCUAGCUAAAAUAUUGUUAUGCUAUAUAUUCCAAAUGCAAACAAGAUAAAAAGAUAGUAUGCAAGAAAAACAUUAUUUUUAUGGUAGGGAUUUUUUUAUGCAAGGUAAAAAUUUUUAUGCAAGGUUUGUCGUGUUCAAAUCUGGUCUGCGUUUUAAAAGAGCAUACAAUGUCUGCUUUGCUCUUCAUUGUUUCACAAACACCGCGCAGGAACUUUAAACAAGAUGGCGGAUGCUAUUUGCGCUGGUGAUAUCAAUUUACGACAGUUUUUUAACGAUCUCCACAAUGUUGUGACGGCUGUAGAGAACAGGAAUGUGGAGAACAACGAUGAAAUAGAACUUCUGAAUAGCAGAAUAAGGUUUUGUUUACAAAAUCUUUAUUAUUUAAACGACCGAGCGACUAACAGCCAGCCCAUUAUUUACCAACUUAUCGAGACAUUGCAGGUGCUUGCGCAAAAACUUCAAGGAGAAAUCAAUGGCUAUAGGGGUCGAGAGAGAGAAGCAUGAUGGACCUGGCCGACCGAAAUUUGUCUUAUCCGAAGAAGUUUUAUUGUAUUUUCGUGACCUGGGCUAUUGCUGGCAAGAGAUUGCAACUAUGUUGUGUGUAUCUCGAUGGACGGUUAGUAGACGAGUUGCCGAGCUGGGCUUGAAAAAUAUAACUGGAUACACAAAUAUAAAUAAAGAGGAGCUGGAAAGAGUCAUCAUUGAAAUAAAAAGGAGUCAUGGUGCUUUUCUGGGGAGGUCAAUGGUUAUCGGACUUCUUAAAUCACGUGGUAUACGUGUUCAGCAGAGAAGAGUCACAGAAAUUCUCCACAAAAUUGAUCCAGAGAACUCUCGGAUUCGAUGGGCUGCACUAAUACGUAGAAGAAAGUACAGUGUACCUGGACCAAACAGCCUUUGGCAUAUUGACGGACACCAUAGCUUGAUAACUUGGAAAUUUGUAAUUCAUGGUGCUAUUGAUGGUCACUCGCGUCUCAUAACGUAUUUAAAUUGCAGUACAAAUAAUCGGAAAGAAACCGUACUGGAUUUGUUUAAUGCUGCGAUUUGUGAACUUGGUAUUCCUUCACGUGUACGCUCGGAUAAGGGUGGUGAAAAUGUCCUAGUAUGGGAAAAAAUGACACAGCUCAGAGGAGAAGGCAGAGGCAGUUUUUUGGCAGGCUCUUCGGUACACAACCAAAGAAUCGAAAGAUUGUGGCGCGAUGUAUGGACAUAUGUCACCUAUCAGUUUUAUUAUACGUUUCAAGCAAUGGAAGAUCAAGGUAUACUCAAUAUGGAAAACGAUGUUCAUGUAUUUGUAUUACAUCGUAUUUUCCAACCCAGGAUCAAUCGAGUAAUCACGUCUUUCAUAAGCGGUUGGAACAAUCACCCUUUGAGAACAGAGCGAAACUGGUCUCCGAGGAAGAUUUGGAAUAAUGGUAUGAGGAACAUGGAAUUGAAUGAGGGGGGACCCGUGGAGGAUUUGGUUUGGUUCGGAAUAGAUUGGACUGCCCUCUCACCAUUAGACAAUGGGCUGCCAACCGUAGAAUUAGAAGAUGUACGAUGUCCACACUCUCAAAAUAUAGAGGAAGCGAUCAACGUAGUCGACAUAAUGCGCGAUUCCUGCUAUUUUGGUAUAGAUAUAUUCUUAGAAGUGUUAUCAUACAUUGAAGGUUCCACUUAAAAUUCAUGGCUUUGAAAUGCACACCAAAGGCACACAAGCAACUAUCAACUUUUCGCUUUUAUACUAUAUAUUUAAGUUUUAAUGGUAUGUACAAGGUUGAUAAAAAUGUUAUUCCAAUAGCUGAAAAAUAUGAAAUACGAAUCAGAGAAGGUGCAUAUGUGAGCAAAGUUAUUUACUCUCAUUCCAAAAUGUCGUAGUUUUGCGGUGGUUACUGCUAAAAUUUUGGUCUGGUCCGAAACAUAACUAAUAUUAUCAAUAUUUCUAUAGCUUUUAGAGUAAUGUAGGCUUAAAAAGAAUCACAAAAAUGACAUAUGUCAACAAAACGCUGUUUUCAUAACAAGUUAUUAUUCUUCCGUGCUUAAUUACAGGGGGAGGUGGGAACACGGAAGAGUACUGAUAUAAAAAAGUCAUUUAGACCACUGUGAAGGAUUUGGUUUGUCCUUUAUUGCCAAUGACACUGUGUAUAGCUGACACAAGUUUUUCAAAUGUAUCUGCUUGUUUUGGUAAUACUAGUUGCAACAGACAAGUUGAAGCGAACACACCAUCAGCUUCAUCAACUUUGAUGGUGAUUCUUUUUCUCGGUAACACACGACUUGCUGAUAUGAAGUGGAUGAAGUUAACAAGGUCACUUUUGGUAAUUUCCGUAACACAUUUUAAUAAGUUCUCCUUGGUUUGUUCAGAACAUGAUGUAUCAAAAAGUAAAAUUUCCUUCACAGUUUCACAUGAUACAUUUUCUUCUUCAUACAUAAACAGUGGCAUACACAACAUAGGAUUGUUGGACAAACAAUCUAUAACAUCAAGGGUUUUCAAGCCUUCUCUCAAUUGUUCCAUUGCAGCUGUACGUUUUCCAAUUACCUCUUGAAAGAGAAUUGCAGUGUAAAUAUCAUGUCUGUUUUCAUCCUAUAAAAAAGCAUAUAAAAUGGGAUGAACUGUGGCACGACUUUGUAAUCCAGGAUAAAAAACUCUCCCAAGGAGAAAAGCUCUGUUUUAAUGACUGCUUUUUAAGUUAGACAUUCAGACAUUUGGUGUUACUGUCCGUACCUGUAUUUACACUAUUUUUCUUUUAUUAAAACAACUUUAUAAGAACACCAGCCUCAUUUUUUACUAAAAUUAACAGUAUUAUAAGUCAUGAAUGAAAAAUUAAUACUUACACUAAUAAGUUGUGUUGAUCCACAAUCAGAAAGCAGGUUUACGAAAUCCGUGUCUUGAUUAAACGUUUUCACGUCAAAAUUCUUAUCCAUGAUCUGAAGUUGAUAAAUAAGUAAUGUAAUAAAUUUGAAAAAUGAGUGCAAUGAAAUACUGGAAAAAAUAAUAAACAAAGAAAAAAUCUCAUCGACAUGUACAAUGAUUCUUUUGAAAUUGACUAGCUCAAUGAAAGGUAAAGUAGAAGUAGGCUUAUACCUUUUCUAAGUAAGAUCUGACGUACACAUUUGUCACGUCUGUUAUUGUUGCAUCUUAUAUAUUAAUUCCCUUGCGUGAGCAAAACUGUGAGUCCACGACACGGAAAUCACGGGUCACUUUCUUAUGACGUGGCCGUACGCUAAAAUUUAACUAAAAAAAUUAGGGAUGUACUGCAUAGAAAUCGCACAUAAGAUGUAAAUAUAUAACCCGCUGCUAAUAACGAUAUAAAUAUAUAUACCCUUAUGCCAAAAAACUCUAUGUUAGCAUAUAUAUAUAUAGGUAUCGCUACAUAUGAAACGGUAUUAGAUAUUCACAAAGCAUACGGACUGUUAAAUGAAGUUCCUAGCAUAAAACGGAAAUUGUGUUUACGAAAAAGAUGGCUGUUCUUUUUGAGUAUUCUCUACUCUUUCAUUCAAAAUAAGUCUUUAAAAAAACAUUUGAAGAAGAGCAUGGUUUUAUAAAUUAAUCAUAGCAAGGUUCUGUAAGGUUUUUUCAUGUUUUAUUUUCAGUUUUGAUUAUAUUAUUGUUGCCAGACAUGUUUUAUAGCUAGCAUCAUAAAAAGCCAACCACCACCAACAACUAGUAGCUAGCUAGCUAGGAAUAUAUAUAUAUAUAUGUAGCCAUGUUCUUUAUACCUAGCUAAGUCUCCAGUUUAUAUUUAAGUGACUAGCUAUUAGCUGCUGUAGCUAGCUAAUGCUAGCUUUAAACUAAAGAUUCCCAGUAUAUAUAUAUUCCCACAAAACAAAUUUAAAACGUUAUUAACCCUGAAAAUUUUAAACAUUUUCCUGGGUUUUUUUUGGUUUGCGAAGUUCUUUUCCUCCAAAUAUUCUGAAAAUAAAGUUCAGAAAUUACUUAUUUUUAAAAUGUAAAUUUAAUUUGUUUCAAAUUGUGGUUUUGACAUUUUCAUGUAAGAAUUUGUGGGCAAAAACCUUAAUCAGCAUGCUAAAAGAACUGACUUUUCUUAAUUUAGAAUUACUAAACACAACCAUUUUCUUACAAUUAGUGUAAACUUUUGUGCGUAUGGCUUAUAUUUAAUACACCAAAAGAGCUACUUUGUUGAUUUCAAUUUUAUACUCUUUGUAAGCUAUUUUUUUCUUCUUUUUGACAUUUCUGUUUUACCACUCAAUUUUUACAUUUUAUAAGUUAUUUGGAACAGAAUGGUAUGAAAUAGACCAAAAUACCUGAUCUUAGUUGUUUUUAAUUUACAGGCUGUGUCUGUGAAACUUUAAGGGGAACAUUUGGUGGAUGACAAUGGCAUGACAUAUACUGAUAGAACUGAUUUUUGUUGUGUUAGAUGUUAUAUCUGAACCUUUUUGACAUUUUAUGUUAAUUUUGCGAGGAAGGACCAUAUAUAUAUACACAGAAGAAGAAUUCAAUUUUACACCUUGCAAGCUUUGUUUUUCUAUAUUUUGUAUAAAUUCUUACUGGGGAGGACUCCGUGCAAUAUAUCGAAAUGACUGAUCCUUCUCGAUUUAAAUUUGAUGUGUUCUAAAUCGUAUAUAGUUUUGGAAAUUUUGUGUAAGAUUUAAUGGGUAAGGGCUAGAUGCAAUAUGUUAAAAAAACUUUUUUUGUUGAAUCAGAAGCACUCCCUACAACCAUUCUUUUUUUUACAGUUUGUGAAGCUUUUGUGAGGAAAGAGUGUAUGCAAUAUUAUCGAAAUAACUGAUUUUUGUUGCAAACUGUUUUUCUUUGGCAUUUUGGAUUAAAAUAUUGUUUUAGAGGGCAUAUGCAGUAGAUAUAUGUACUGAAAUAGUUAAAUUUUGCAAACUUUGAUUUUGUCGUUACCUCUCAUUUUUUACAUUUUGAUUAAACUUUUGUGGGAGACCGUCGGUAUGCGAAGGACCAAAAUAAGAGAUUUUAGUAUUAUUUAGAAUUUGUAUUUUGUGUUGCAAAAUUGGUGCAAAAAUUGACAUAAAAUGAACUUAUAUACAGAUUGAUUGCUGUUGUUUAACAUGACUCAUUAUGACUGAUAUAUAUAUUUUAUGAAAAUUUGUGACAGAAUACUAUGUGAGAUUUGAAAUUUUGUUUACUUUAUUGAUGGUAAAACAGCAUGCAAAUUGCUAAAAGGACUUUAUUAAUUUUAGGUUUAAACACCGUUAUUUUGUUGGCAUUUUGUCUAAAGUUUGGUGAGGAGGGACUGUAUGCAAUAUAUCAAAUAAUGUUUUAUUGCAUUAUAAUUUGUCCUUGCAAAUCCCUUUUUUUACACCUUAGAUAAAAAAUUCUGUCAGAGGCACAAUUUAUUGUUUAUUUUUCACAUUGUGUGUCAACCUUUGGCAGGGUUUGCAAUAAACUAACUGAUUUUAACAUAUACAAUGAGAGAGAUUUGUGUUUGACAUUGAUCAGCUUUUUUGUAUAUAUGUGGCGUUUUAAGUGAUUUAAAUUUUAUGGGUGAGAUGUAUGUUGAAAUGCUUUUGGAAACUUCUUUCCGAAUAAUUUUCGCAUUUGUCAGAUGGUCAGAGCAAGUAAUUUUAGUAGAUUUAGAUUUUAAAUGUCACAUAAAUAC